GCUGUACAAGACUUUGUCUAAACAUAUGGUCAUGUGAUCAAAAUUCUGUGCCUUUUCCAAGAUUAAAGGAAGGAAGUCAUGGGAUAGAAACAACAUGACGGUGAGUAAAUGAUGACAGAAUUUUCAUUUUUGAGUGAACUGUUUCUUUACACUCAUCUUAGGGAACGUCUCACAACAACCAUCUUUUUAUACAGCAGAAUUAUAACAAGUUGUCCUCUGGGACACUGUAACCAUGUAGCUAAAAUAUAUCGGACUUUAGUAUAUUCAAAAAUUAAGAAAAAACAUUUCUGGAUUGCAACAAAUAAACCUUACAGUCCAAACAGGAGAUACAGAAGCUGUUUGCGAGGAUAAAAAGGCAAAAGCACCAAGGCCCUUAAUUCAGAGUCAUCACAGGUAAUAAUUGUAAAAUAUCAGUGCUUUAGUUCCACCACUUUGAAGUAAGGGGACUAGUGCCUGUUCUUGCCCUGUAGGAAGCCGACUUUAGAUUUAUGACUUUACAGACAACCAAAUUACACUGUCCCUUGCUGCAGCCCAGGAAGGCCAGUAAUCGCUUAAUACACAACAGCUAAUUGCGACCAUACACAGAUACAGAGUUUAUGUGACACAUGAUAAGUGUUUUUCCAUCCCUCUGGCACAGAAAAAGUGUAAAGGCAAAUUGGUAAAAGAGGCUUAUCUGAUGAAGCCGUAAUUUGUCAUGAAUGUUCCCAUUUUUCUCUCAACAACUGGGACCCAGCACAACCAAUCCAUCUGGAUCAUCUCGGGAACUAAAUAUUCAUAUGAAAUGCUUUUACGCUGAUGUCAUUUAUUUAUUAUGGAUUACCAUGCAUGCUUUAAUGGUUCUUAAUUAGGAAUUUAGCCCUUUCAGCGCUUUCAUAGCAUGAAGUUUCUUCAAUUUGUAGUGUUUAAAGGGAUACUCCACUUUUAUUGAAAAUAUGCUCAUUUUUAAGCUCCCCUAGAGUUAAACAUUUGAUUUUUACCGUUUUGGAAUCCAUUCAGCUGAUCUUCGGGUCUGGCGCUAGCACUUUUAGCAUAGCUUAGCAUAAUCCAUUGAAUCUGAUUAGACCAUUAGCAUCGCGCUAAAAAUAACCAAAGACUUUCGAUAUUUUUCCUAUAAAAUGCUAGAUUAUUUUCAGCCCAGCGUUGGGUCAAAAAGGGAUGAAAAGACAGUGAUUGGUUUCAGUAUACUGUUUAUUUUUGUAUUUAAAUGUAAUGUGCGAUUGCACACUUAUUGGUUGUCUGUGUCCCUGUCGCUCAGUUUGGAUAAAAGCUGCCAAAUGCAUACAGGUAAAUUGGUGCUUUGUUCUUUUUGCGAUAACAAUAAUCGUUAAAUAGUCAAAAACAAACAUGCAGGCAUUUUCACCAACUUUGAAGUUACGUGCAUCUGUCAGCCUCACAGAUUCCAUUCCUCAUUUUCAGCACCGUACAGUUGGAAAGAGCAGAUCCUGGGUGUUGAGGAGGUGUGUCAGAGUCUGUUGACUGAUGUCUACGUUUGCCUGGAGGGCACUUGUAAACACAGAAUACACCUUUACUUAUAGGCAUCUGGCCAAUGUGACACGUCAGGUUGCCUUUAAAAGCCCCGCUCACCUUCGUUGAGAUUGUCAGAUCUCAUCUGGUAGGACUGUGGAGAAUUGCAAAGAUAUACGCAAGAGCUUCUUCACAUACAUUACAAAGGACAGGCCAUUUGUCUUUUUAACAGCGAUGAGUCUGGGUGGUACCAGUACUGAAUCAGAAGUAUCGGAGGAUGAGUUGGAGGAUUGUCCAUCGGGUCAAGACAGCGACUUUGAAAAUGAAGGCCCCCAAAAGCUUUCUUCCCGCUCUGAGUGCUCAUCCUGCCACAGCGACCCAGAAGAAAUCAAGGUGGUUAAGAGGCGUAGCCGGCCUGUACGGUCCAAAGCGCGAAGAGCCGCUGCCAACGUCCGAGAAAGAAAACGCAUCCUGGACUACAAUCAGGCCUUCAAUGCUUUGCGCACCGUUCUCAAGCAUGACUUAAAUGGAAAGCGACUCUCCAAGAUUGCCACGCUGCGCCGCGCCAUCCACCAUAUCUCAGACCUCUCUUUAUACCUGCAGACGCACUCGACAGCAGAAGCAGAUUCGCCUCCCUGUACCCAUACGGAGUGCUACAGGCAACCAGAAGUCAACGGCUCCCUGCCAAGGACUUUUCAGGAACCUGUAGAGAAAUACAUUCACCAUCAACGAGAGAUCCAGAGAAUGCAUGACCACCAGACAGUCUCCCCAGAUACACCUAUGUACCAGGAUAUAUCAAACUCAACACACAUGGCUUCACCAUCCUCACAUUACAACCAUUACGACCCAAAUACCCAGGUGCACAUGAGCCAUGGACACUACGGUCACCAUUGGAGUGACCAAAACAGUGAUUUUAAUAGUGGACAUCAACAUGGGAUGACAUGCCAUCAGAACCACGUGGAGAGCUACGCAGAGACUGCUAACUCACCUUUGGCUUGGCACCUGGGUUACCUUCAAAGUCAUGGAUACCAACAGUCACUAAGUAUGCACUGAAAUGUUUGUAUCUUUGUACACUUAUGAUGGAAAGCUUUAGUUGUAAAAGUUAAAAUGUGAUUUGCAUUUGUACAAAUAUGAGUGAUGUAUGUUUGUCUUCUUUAUGAGGCUGGAUGAUUUCUCAGGCUGGGAAAUAUACUGUAUAUUACAGCAAAUGCCUGUUUAAAAUAUGGUGUAUGUUGUAAAUAAUGUGUCAAAAUAAAGUAAACCAUUAUUUUUUUGAUGAUGCCGAUGUUGGAUAAAAAUUUAAAGCUUUUAAGAUUUUUUUCUUACCUAAAAUGCAUAGCUGAAAAAUAUGUUUGUCAUAUGCACAAACCCCAA